AUGGUUUGGAUCAUGGUGCCUGUCUGCUGCAUAACCAUCUUCUCCCUCCAGUGUUCAAGGGGAACCACAGAUGCUCCUGUCAGCUCAGGACUGUGGCUGUGCCAGCCAGCACCCAAGUGUGGGAAACACAUCUACAACCCCAUAGAGCAGUGCUGCGACGAUUUCACUGUCUUGCCCUUGAACCAGACCCGUCUCUGUGGACCUGGCUGCAUCUUCUGGCCCUGCUUUGAGCUCUGCUGCCCAGAGUCCUUUGGCCCCCAGAGGAAGUUUCUUGUGAAGUUGAAGGUUCUGGGUAUGAAGUCCCGGUGCCCCUCUGCCCCCAUCUCCCGGGUCUGUCCCAAAUAA